AUGGCGAGCGCCGCCUCCUCAUCCUCCUCCUCCUCGCAGCCAGUGCGCGUCGUGCUGCGGGUGCGCCCGCUCCUCCCCUCGGAGGCCAGCUCGGCAGCGGUGCCCCCCUGCGUCUCCCUCAUCGGCGACCACCCCGGCGGCGAGGUCACCGUCCAGCUCAAGGAUCAGCACACCAGCCGGAGCGAGUGCUACAAGGUGGACGCCUACUUCGGCAAGGAGGACAGGGUCUCCGACGUAUUCGACCAGGAGGUCAGCGCCCUGAUCCCGGGCAUCUUCGAGGGCAUCAACGCGACCGUGUUUGCCUAUGGGGCAACGGGCAGCGGCAAGACCUACACCAUGCAGGGCAGCGAAGAUCUGCCGGGUCUCAUCCCCUUGUCGGUCGCGACGAUCCUGGCGCGCUGUACCGGCACGUGGUGCUCCGUCGAGAUCUCAUACUACGAGGUGUACAUGGAACGGUGCUAUGACUUGCUCGAGCCCAAGGCGAAGGAGAUCAUGGCACUGGAUGACAAAUUUGGUAACCUGCAGCUCAAGGGCUUGGCUUGGGUCCCCGUGCGAUCCAUGGAGGAGUUUCAGGAAGUCUACUCGAUAGGUGUGCAGAGGAGGAAAGCCGCCCACACAGGCCUGAACGAUGUUUCAAGUAGAAGCCACGCUGUGGUUUCUAUAAGGGUCAGUAAUGAUACUGUCAAAGGGAAGCUUAACCUCAUCGACCUUGCUGGAAAUGAGGACAAUAGAAGGGCUUGCAAUGAAGGGAUCCGCCUUCAAGAAAGCUCUAAAAUCAAUUCAUCGCUGUUUGCAUUGUCUAAUGUCAUUUCAGCUCUCAAAAACAAUGAGUCACGGGUACCUUAUAGAGAGAGUAGAUUGACCCGCAUUCUGCAAGAUUCUCUAGGAGGCAAUAGCCGUGCUGUGAUGAUAGCUUGCCUGAAUCCUGUGGUAUACCAGGAGGCAGUCCACACAAUAGGUAUGGCUGCUCGUUCAGGACAUAUGGUGACCAACAUGGCUUCAGCAAGCAAGGAACACACUCCAAAAGUAAAGGUGGACAUGGAAGCAAAAUUGCAGUUGUGGCUGGAAUCAAGGGGGAAAACUAAGAGCACCCAAAGAAUGAAUGGACUUUUCUCCCCAACCGGAUGGAGGACUCCUUCUUCCAUGAGCCAUGUGAAACAACCGCUAUCUGCCCGGGUGUCUGGAAGAGCUAAAGCAACGGACCAAGACGGUGCUAAGAUAAAAAAGGUGCUUUUUGAUUCAGCAGUCCAUACAGCAGUUGAAAACACACCAAAGCCAAGCUCACGAGAUGAAGCAAAGACAACUAAGAAAGAGGUACCCCCUUCGUUAACACCUUGCAAAGAGGACAAGUCUGAAUCUCCUUUUAGGAAAGCUCUUUCUCCCAUUCCUCCAAACAUGAUGACUCCUUGUAAUGUCAAUUACCCUCCAUUGGAGCCCAAAACUCCAAUAGGAGCAUGUCACAUAGUUGAGAAGAAUCCAGAUGGUACACCUCUUGAUAAGUUUAAUGCACUUGGAUCUAACCUAAAGGAAUCUCUUAUUCAACAAUAUCUCGAGUUCUUAAAUGUUGCGAACAAGGAAGAGCUACAGCAACUAAAAGGAAUUGGUGAAAAGAGAGCGGAGUACAUUCUUGAGCUCCGGGAGGAUUCGCCCAGACCAUUCCAAUCUCUUUCGGACUUGGGGAAUAUAGGUCUAUCAACGAAACAAAUCCAAGACAUCCUGCGGAAAACAGCCACAGGAAUCUUCAAAUGA